CUGCAUUAGGAGACAGACUGGGUAAAAGCUCGCUCACCACACUAUUUAAAGCCCUUUUGCAGUGGUGAGGAGAACAUCCAGAUUUGCUCAGCUCAUCACAGAAAUACAGAUCUCACCCAAGGACACCUGGGACUGACUCAAACAAGCUGCCCCCCAGCUGCGAGGAACAUAAUUGCUUUCUUCAACAGAACAGCUUCAACCUCCAAACACUCGGCGGAACUGAAUGCCCUUCCGGACACGUGUCAUUGCUGUUACCCUUCAUGUCUCCACUGAGGGUCGGUUGAGUGAUGAACUUCAGUAGGGAAGUGGCCCGACAGACCAGUUGUUAUACAUACGUGAUAGAGGAUGACGAUCAAGCCCUGGCAAGACUAAAUGUAUUUGAGUUGGCGGAGAAGGGCGACCUGGCUCUCCUGGAGAACCUGGUGAAGAAGAGCCCAGAGGUCCUGAGUGAGAAAGAUGAAUGUGGAGCUAGUCCCCUUCAUCAUGCCGCUGCAGGGGACCACGUCACCCUCAUCCAAUUCAUCACCACUGUCAUAGACUCACAGGAUCUGAACAGCUGUGAUGAGCAGGGCAACACGCCCUUACACUGGGCAGUGGAGAGGAACAAGGCAGAGAGCUGCAGGGCUCUUCUGGACCUGGGGGCCGAUCCCAACAUCCUCAACGUGGGCCUCCUGUCCCCUCUGCACGUGGCUGUCAGCCAGGGACACAACAACCUGGUGGAGCUGCUGCUGUCCUACAGUGCCACAGACUGCAAUCUACAGGGAGACCUUGGGAACACCCCGGUUAUACUUGCCUGCUCCAUCAAUAACUGUGAGGCUCUCAGCACUUUGUUAAAUCAUGGAGCCCGGCUCUGCCAACAGAACAAGCUUGGCCAUUUCCCCAUGCAUGCAGCCGCCUUCGCAGGUGCACAGAAAGCCAUGGAAGUGAUCUUGAAGGCCGGAGAGAAGUUAGGCCACCAAGCCGAAGUCCACAUCAACUAUUUAGACAAGUCCAAGAGCAGCCCGCUGCAUCUGGCCGUACGUGGGGGGAAUAUCGAGACCAUCCGUCUCUGCAUCGCCACUGGGGCCAGAAUUGACCAGCAACAGAAUGACAGGUCCACACCGCUUCAUUUGGCCUGCACCCAGGGUGCUACUGAGGUUGUCAAACUGAUGCUGUCCUCUUUUGACCAAGUGGAAGACAUCAUCAACCUAACUGACGGGGCGUGUCAGACCCCCCUGCACAGGGCUACAAUAUUCGACCACACAGAGCUGGCAAAGUACCUCAUUUCUUUGGGUGCAGACCUUAACAGCAUUGAUUGUAAAGGACACUCUCCCUUGCUGUUGGCUACGAGCUGUGGAGCGUGGAAAACUGUGGCUCUGCUCCUGUCCAAAGGGGCACAUGUAAAUGUGAAAGACAGAUGUGGUUGCAACUUCCUUCACCUGGCCAUUCUCCAGCCGAAGGGUCUGAAAAACCUGCCAGAGGAAAUACUGCAGACGAGCAGUGUGAAGGCACUGCUGAGCUGUGAGGAUAAUGAGGGCUGCACGCCACUGCACUACGCCUGCAGACUGGGUAUCCAUGACUCUGUGAAGAACAUGCUGGGCCUCUCGGGGCAGGUCGGCCUCAAAUGCAAGUCCAAGGACAAGAAGUCUGCCCUGCACUUUGCUGCCCAGUAUGGGCGCAUCAAUACGUGUCAGAGAUUACUGGAGACCAUCACAGACUCUCGUCUGCUAAAUGAAGGUGACGAGCGAGGCCUGACACCACUCCAUUUGGCUUCAAAAGAGGGGCACACCAAGGUGGUACAACUGUUGCUGCGCAAAGGAGCUCUCUUUCACUGUGAUUACAAGGGGUGGAGUUGUCUGCACCAUGCUGCAUCUGCAGGAUACACACAAACUAUGGAUAUUCUGCUGUCAGCCAAUCCCAAGUUACUGGAUAAAACAGAUGAAGAUGGGAGCACUGCCCUCCACAUCGCAGCAAGAGAGGGACACGUGGCUGCAGUCAAGCUGAUGCUGGCUCGGGGAGCAGAACUCACCUUAAACAAGAAUGACACGUCGUUCCUCCACGAAGCUCUGCAGAACGGGAGAAAAGAUGUGGUCAAUGCUGUAAUUGACAGUGACAGAUCUACUGAGGCUUUGAGCCUGUUCACCCCCAGCUCUGGCCAGCGAAGUCCCAUACUAGACAUGAUUGAGUUUCUGCCCGAGACCUACAAGCACCUGUUGGACUGCUGUGUGACAGAAUCGGAUGAUGAUCACAACAGUCCUGACUAUCAUAUUGAAUAUAAUUUCGCAUGGCUCCAAGUUCCCCUUUCAAAGAGGAUCAAAAUGAGGAUUCAGCCACUAGCUGCACUCAACGCGAUGGUGCAGUACAACCGCAUUGAACUCCUCAACCACCCUGUCUGCAAAAAGUACCUGGCAAUGAAGUGGGUGGCAUAUGGGAGCACGGCUCAUGUGCUCAACAUGUUUUUCUACCUGUUAGGCCUGCUGCCCCUCACUCACCUGAUGGUGACUCUGAGGCCCAGUCUGAACACCACUGUGGAGGGCACACACAACAUCAUCAUGGUGCACACAUCUUUUCUACAGCAAAGUUUGUUCUUGAGCCUCUGUAUGGUGAUGGUGUUGGUGAUGAACGUGUACUCCAUAGUGAAGGAAGUGGUGCAGAUAUCACAACAGCGCUGGAAUUACUUCAAGGAUUAUUCCAACCAGAGUGACUGGUUUUCGGCAGUCUUCUCUCUUCUGUUUAUCAUUCCCACCAUGCUCAAUGUAGAGGGUUCUUUACACUGGCAAGCAGGGGCGAUGGCAGUUUUAUCCUCUUGGAUCGGAUUUCUCCUUUAUCUUCAGAGGUUUGAGGGUGUUGGCAUCUAUGUGGUAAUGUUCUGGGAGAUCAUGAGGACACUGUUCCGUAUCGUGAUGCUGUUCUUGUACCUGAUGUUAGCAUUCAGUUUGGCGUUCCAUGCCCUGAUGCUCAACCAGAAAGAGUUUGACAGCGUGCCGCUCUCAGUGAUACAAACCUUUGUGAUGAUGGUUGGGGAAUUGAACUACCAGAAUAACUUCUUGGAUGCUUAUCUGAAGCAUGAGCUUCCUUUUGGUCUCCUGACUUACGUCAUUUUUGUGCAGUUUGUUCUGCUCAUGCCAAUACUUCUGGUGAACCUGAUGAUUGGUUUAGCAGUUGGAGACAUUGCGGAAGUACAAAGAAAUGCUGCCCUAAAGAGAAUAGGCAUGCAGAUUGAGCUCCACACCGCUCUGGAAGACAAGCUGCCUUAUUGGUUUAUGAAGCGGGUCGACAAACCCUCCCUCGUCAUCUACCCAAAUCGCAGAUGCUCCAGAAACUUCAUAAAGCAGCUAUUCACAGGUGAGGAGGACCCAAAUGACGCCUGGAGUCGUCUGCAGGUCAAAUCACAGGCCUGUACUAUGCUGGAGGGAGAGCUCCAAAAGCAGAAGCGGAGGAUGAAAGAGGUGUUGGGCAUGAUGGAGAAGCAGCACAGCCUCCUGAAGCUCAUCAUUCAGAAGAUGGAGAUCACCUCGGAGGCGGACGAGUACGACGGCCCUGUGAACAUCAGAGGCAACAUGUGGCAGAGCUUGAGUAAGGCCAAACCGAGAGGGCACAGCGUAUCGCGGUGGGUCCCGCUGAUAAAGGCCAUCGAGUCCAAAAGGAACUGAGGAGGAGGAGACAAAUGUAACGUCUCAGCACAUCAACAACAAGUGAAUUAUCACCGCAUUAUAAAAGCAUAGGUAUAGCAGACAUAAUCAUGUGAUGACUGAACAAUGUAAUUCCUUAUGCUAAGAUUAAUCACUCAUAUCCACUUUAAAUAUAAUGUAACAGUUAAUUAAAUGCCUUUAACUGCCUUAUCUUGCCUUGACUAUUGUGUGGUGUGAUAGGCUACUAAAUAUUGGUGCAUAUUCAAACCUGUAGUAUUAGUCGUGUUAUUGUCAAACGUUUCAUUGUAGACUGAAACAGUAAGUUACCCCAGUGACCCACUCAUAGACACAUGUUUGAAACUUAUGUUGUGGUGUGUAUUCAGUGUUGCCAUACUAUCUGAAAUGUUGUAAUGUGUCUUUAUGUGCAACAUGUGCUCUUAUAUCUCUAAAAUAUGAUGCUUUGCCUUUCUUAAAAGUCAGUAAAAUAUCCUUAAAGUAAGAGGAAUUAGUUUUUCUUUGAUUAAUGAUCAUUUUGAGGCACAGACAGAGUUUAAGGCUGCACUAAGAGCUGAGCAGAUGCCUGUGGCAUGUUCAUUUUAACAGGGAUUUCUAGGAAGAACUCAGAAAGCAAAAUUAUGUAUCUCUUCACUGUAUGAAAUCUAUACCAAUAUGCAUGGAUUUAUUUAUUUAUUUAUUUUAUUUAUUUAACCUUCAUUUAACCAGGAAGUCCCACUGAGAUUGAAAAUCUUUUACAAGAGAGACCUGGCCGAGGUAGCAGCCAA